AUGGCACGAAGACGAACAAAGAAGCGUACCCAUGUGGGCGCAAACAAUGGUUCUGCUGGUGGAGGAGGAGCGGUCUCUAAGAAACCCUCGAAUGCGCCGAAGAGUAUGGUUAUUCGAAUUGGAGCUGGAGAAGUCGGACCCAGUGUUAGCCAAUUGGUGAAGGAUACCCGCUUGAUGAUGGAACCAGGGACUGCCUCAAGGCUGAAGGAAAGAAGAGCCAAUCGAUUGAGGGAUUACCUUACAAUGGCUGGGCCUCUCGGUGUGAGCCAUCUCAUGCUGUUCUCGAGAUCAGAGUCCGGAAAUACGAAUAUGCGACUUGCGAUUACACCAAGAGGACCAACACUACAUUUCAACGUUGAGAAGUACUCUUUAUGUAAGGAUAUCAGAAAAGCUCUGAAGCACCCUAAAGGUGGCGGAAAAGAAUACUUGACGGCACCACUGCUUGUCAUGAAUAACUUCACAUCCCCAGCCUCUGAAUCAGAUUCGCCCAACAAGGUACCUAAGCAUCUUGAAUCUCUUGUUACCACGAUAUUCCAGUCCCUUUUCCCUCCAAUCGCCCCGCAAGCCACACCCCUCUCUUCGAUCCGGCGAGUCCUACUCCUCAAUCGCGAACCUUCCAAGGAGGGCGACGGAACAUAUACUCUCAACCUCCGACACUAUGCCAUCACCACAAAGGCAAUGGGCCUAUCAAAACCUCUCCGCAGAUUAAAUGCUGCCGAAAAGCUGCUACACUCACAAAAGUCAGGUAAAACCAAGAAAGGCGGAUUACCAAACCUUGGCAAGAUGUCAGAUAUUGCGGAUUACAUGAUCGGUGGUGAAGGGGGGGACGGAUAUGUCACGGACGGAGCGACCAGUGGAAGUGAAGUGGAUACCGACGCAGAAGUAGAGGUAGUCGAGACGCGGGCUAAGAAGAUUCUGUCAAAACGAAGAAAGGACCGUUCCGAAGCAGAGGGGAAGAAAGACAGCUCCAGAGGUGGUGUCGAGAAGCGAGCCGUUAAGUUGGUAGAGUUGGGUCCUAGAAUGAAGCUACGCAUGACCAAAGUCGAAGAAGGAGUCUGCAACGGAAAGAUCAUGUGGCACGAGUACAUCAGCAAGUCCAAGGAAGAGGUCAAGGCGCUGGACAAGAAGUGGGAACAGAAGAGACAGCAAAAAGAGGCAAGGAAAAAGAUCCAGAAGGAGAAUGUUGAGAAGAAGAAGAAGGCCAAGGGCGCCAAGCCUGAGGAGGGAGAUGAUGAGGAUGAUGACGUGAUGGAUGUCGAUGAGUGGGAUUCUGAAGGUCUUGAGGGAGAUGGUGAGAUGGAAUUAAAUGAGGAAAUGGAGGAGCGCGGAGAGUGGGAAGAUGAGGCGGAGGAGAUAGCUGCGGGUUGA